GUGUGGUUUUGGGUGGCGCUGUUCUCGGGGUCCUUGGGGGUGUGGGGUAGCCACAGAGGCACUCAGGGCCAGCUGGGAAGUGCACACUUCAGCCCCGUGCCCAACAGGAAGGAAAGAGAAACACGUCAGUUGUUCUAACACAAAGAAAUAUUGGCUUCCUCCUCUUCAGAACAGACUGCCCUGGUCUCCGCUCUUGAAGCUGGCUCUAAGGUAUUGAGCUGACUGGGCUUUUCAUUGUCAUUCCCAGUGACCUGAACAUGUUUGAAGGGGACAGUUAGCUGCUAUAAAUCGCUGAUCCUCUCCUUAUUGCUGUUCGUAAAUCCCCUCAGAUCGGGGAUUCCGUCUGCUUCGCAGACCUCAUCUGCGUGGAUCCGUGCACACUUCGCAGACCUCAUCUGCGUGGAUCCGUGCACACUUCGCAGACCUCAUCUGCGUGGAUCCGUGCACACUUCGCAGACCGCAUCUGCGUGGAUCCGUGCACACUUCGCAGACCUCAUCUGCGUGGAUCCGUGCACACUUCGCAGACCGCAUCUGCGUGGAUCCGUGCACACUUCGCAGACCGCAUCUGCGUGGAUCCGUGCACACUUCGCAGACCGCAUCUGCGUGGAUCCGUGCAUACUUCGCAGACCUCAUCUGCGUGGAUCCGUGCACACUUCGCAGACCGCAUCUGCGUGGAUCCGUGCACACUUCGCAGACCUCAUCUGCGUGGAUCCGUGCACACUUCGCAGACCUCAUCUGCGUGGAUCCGUGCACACUUCGCAGACCGCAUCUGCGUGGAUCCGUGCACACUUCGCAGACCGCAUCUGCGUGGAUCCGUGCAUACUUCGCAGACCUCAUCUGCGUGGAUCCGUGCAUAAUUUAGAGCACGCUCUGGCAACACCUCAGAAAGAGGUAUGCUUUGGUCUCAGAUGCAUGUCAGCGGCUGCGGUGGGACCCAGGAGAGCGCUCCCCGGGUGGCAUGAGGCCAUCAGCACCACGACUCCAGCAGAGGGACAGCCUCUCGGGCUUUCUCGUGAGGAGGGGCACGGCGGAGAAGGAAGAGAGGAGCCAGGAGCAGCAGGGUUGCAGGGAACUAGGAGCAGGAGCGCCUUCCCCAGCGUGGGCGCGGCUGGACUCGGCUCACCCCAGGCCGGGCGCUGGGCCAUGGACUGAAGCGUCACCGUGGGUCCCAGAAGCAAGACAGGCAUGGCCCAAGAAGUCAGCCUGAAUUCCCUCCAGGACUCAGACCGGGAGGUGAUUCUCCAGGUCCUGUACCGAGACCAGGCGGUUCAAAGCAUCGAGGAGGAGCGGAUACGGAAACUGAGGACGCACCUGCAGCAUCUCCGGUGGAAAGGUGGGAAGAGCGCGGGCCAGGAGCAGAGAGAGAAGGCGUGUGCCCGCUGCCAGCGCGCUCUGGGGCUGCUGCUGAACCGGGGCGCCGUGUGCCAGGGCUGCAGCCACUGCGUGUGCUCCGGGUGCCGCGUGUUCCUGAGCAAGACCCCCCUCUGGAGGUGCACCGUGUGCUACGAGGGCAGAACUGUGAGAAUAAAAACUGGAGAAUGGUUUUUUGAGGAACGAGCCAAGAAAUUUCCAACGGAAGGCAGACACGAGACAGCUGGAGCGAAGCUCCUGCAAUCCUACCAGAAGCUGAGCAAAAUCUCCGUGGUUCCGCCCACUCCACCUCCGCUCAGUGAGAGCUGGUGCAGCAGCAGCCCUGGAAGGUUACAGGAACUCAGUCAGUUCAAAGGAUUUAAUAAAUCCGUGGAAAAUUUGUUUCUGUCUGUUACCACCCACAUGAAAAAGCUCUCCAAGUCCCAGAAUGACAUGACCUCUGACAAGCAGCUCCUGAGCGCGAGCCCCAGGCAGUGUGCCAGCCGGACGGAGAGGAGGAGCCAGUCCGACACCGCCAUCAAUGUCACCACCAGGAAAAUCAGUGCCCCAGACAUCCUGCUGCCUCUCAGCCAAGAGAGUAUUGAACGCCCUCCUGACCCCGUUUGGAAGAAGAAAGAUCUCUGCCCAGUGCCCAGCUCGUUAUUCUCAGGAGGCUCAAGACAGGGGAGUUUAAUCAGCAUUAAUAGCACUUGCACAGAGAUUGGCAAUUUUGACAACGCUAAUGUCACUGGAGAAAUAGAGUUCGCCAUUCGAUAUUGCUUCAAAACCCGUUCUCUAGAAAUAUGCAUCAAGGCCUGUAAGAACCUUGCAUAUGGGGAGGAAAAGAAGAAAAAGUGCAAUCCGUACGUGAAGACCUACCUGCUGCCUGACAGAUCCUCGCAGGGCAAGCGCAAGACUGGAGUCCGGAAGAACACGGUGGACCCGACCUUUCAGGAGACCUUGAAGUACCAGGUGGAGCCUGCCCAGCUGGUGACCCGGCAGCUGCAGGUGUCUGUGUGGCACCUGGGCACGCUUGCCUGGAGGGUGUUUCUUGGAGAAGUGAUCAUCCCUCUGGCCACGUGGGACUUCGAAGACAGCACGACACAGUCCUUCCGCUGGCACCCGCUGUGGGCCAAGGCAGACAAGUGCGAAGACAACGUUCCUCCGAAUCAUGGAGAACUUACUGUCCGGGCCAAACUGGUGCUCCCUGCUGGGCCCCGAAAGCUCCAGGAGGCUCAAGAAGGGACAGGCAGUCAGCCGUCACGUGAUGGUCAACUCUGUUUGGUGGUGCUGGGAGCCAAGAAUUUACCUGUGCGGUCAGAUGGUACCCUGAACUCAUUUGUUACGGGCUGCCUCACGCUGCCGGACAAGCAGACGCUGAGGCUGAAGUCCCCGGUUCUGAAGAAGCAGGCGCGUCCCCAGUGGAAGCACUCCUUCGUUUUCCACGGCGUGACCCCGUCCCAGCUGGGGCAGUCCUGCCUGGAGCUGAGCGUCUGGGACCAGGCCGUCUUCGGCGUGAACGCCCGCUUGCUGGGGCAGGCCAGGCUCGGCGCCAGGGCGGAUCCCGCCGGCGGCUCCCAGUCAAAGCUGCACUGGCAGAAAGUCCUUUCCAGCCCGAAUUUAUGGACAGACAUGACACUCGCCCUGCACUGAAGCCCAGGGGCCAGUGUGCGGCGGGUUGGUCUGCGUGCCCGCAGGCCAGCUGGGGGACGGUGGACACGCAGCCGGAACGGCCCUCUGCAGGGCAGCCCUUCUCACCACAGCUGUGGCGCAGCUGGAAGGUCCCUCUGAGUGCCUCUGCGUGCACCUGUUAGAGCGAUGACCACGGUGACAGAAAGAGGUCGGGUUGGUUCUCUGUGCUCGGAGCUGGGAAAGAUGGCCAGAUGUCAAUAAAUGUCACCCAUCUCCAGUGCGCAUCGAAUAGUGAAAAUUAUGGCCUUGUGUUGUGUGUUCCAA